CUCACUGUAUACUAACAACCGAGUGAAACUCGUGCAUGGCCCAGUCACCACCAUGACUUCUACUCGUUGUGAAGCUGAAGAUCAUUCCCGUGUGAUGCUAGGAGAUAAAGGAGAGAUGCAGACCAGCAUCGGUGUGGAGGAGGACGCAGAGAAACCGAAGAUUCUCCCGUUCAGCGUCGAGGCUCUGAUGGCAGAACGGAGACCGAGCUCCUCCGCCGGAGCGUCGCAUGCUCACGCGGAACCGGAGCGGCCCGGGGCUCGUUUGGCGUUCUCCGUUGACGUUCUGAAGCUGUCGGAGACGCCGGAGCGGAGCGCGUGGAUGCAGCACCUCUCUCCCCCUGUAAUUCCCGAGUGCCAGUGAACUUGGGAAGAGAACAGGUCAUUUGUUCCAUCUUCUCAGGAAACAGGACAAGGUUGCCAAUGUUCCAGGCAUUGUUUCCAGAUCUGCAUGCUCAGUCAAACCUGGAGCUCUCAGGACAAUGCUUGCCAUGAAAAUAAAGCCAAAUCUCUGUGUGAAGGACGGCUGAUUCAUAUCUCUCUCAUGACAGUCUGUUCUGUAACUGAUUUAACGAGUCGCUCCACACGCAGACACAGACGAAUGUGAAUCCACUGCCAAACCGAGCCGAGAAGGAGCUCAUGUUUGUCUCCAGGUGCUUCACUGCUGCACACAUCAUCUCAGACUGUUUUCAUAAGAACUUUGGAAAGAAAAACACUC